AGAAUGGGUAGAGCAGUAGUAGACCACUUGUAGACUUGUAGGGGGAGGAGACAUAAAACCCACACAACUCAGAAGAGAAGAGUUAUUUGAGAGAAGAAAUAAAAAGGAAAAUAGAAAAGAGAGGAAAAAAAGAAGGGAAGACAGAAGAGAGGCAAAUGGUUAAAUGCUUUUAUCAGAAAAUAGGAGAGAGAAAAACGAAAACCCCAUCAUAUUGAUUCAUUAUUAUUCAUAGGGAGGAGAGAGAAAGAAAGAAAGUUUGGAAGAGGAGGCAACUUUAUUACCUUUUUUAUGAUGCACGCAUCCAUGGCAGAACCUUACUACUCAGACUACUUACUGCUCCCUCUUUCAUUUUUCUACUAGAUUACAAAAAUACCCCAUGGCCCUAGGUGAAGCCUCAAGGAACAACAACAUCUCCUAAUUAAUUUUAAUUAAACACAAAAAGAAAAAAGAAAAAAGAAAAAAGAAAAAAAGAGUUAUCUUCAAUUCAUUCAUUCAUAUGAACAAGCAAUCCUCUCCCUCUUCCUCUUUCUUUUCUUCCUCCUCCUCCUGUUGCUGAAGAAGAAGAUAUGUUGUUGUUGCUGCCGCUGCUGCUGCACAGAGGAGGAACCCUAGAUUUGUUCAUCAACACCCAACCUUUUCAUCUCCUUUUCUUUUGAGGUUCCACCCUAACACUAUGAUGCGAGCUAUGCCCUACAAUUUGCAAGGAAAGGGCGUGGCUGAGCUUUCUGGUUUAAUUUCACAAAUCUCUUCUUCUCUUCCUCCUAAUUGGAAGACGUUAGACAAUUUCCAGGAACAGCAACAGCAACAGCAGAUUUCUGAAGGGGAAGAAGACGACGAGGAAGAAGAUUUCGAAAAACAAGCAGCUCUUAACAUUCCCAAAAAGCUAAAGCUAAAGCUAAAGCAAAAGCAAAUCUCGGCAACUCAAACUAGUUCUGUUGAUAGUGAACCCACAUCUACUCUGGAUACUACCAGCCCUCCCACCUCCACAUCUACUCUAUCCUCUUCCUUCACCAACGGACAACACUCCGGCAACAAGGAUAUAUCUGCCGGUGUGGCGGACCCCUCAUGUGCCCGCAAAGAGGAUUGGCCCUCCGAGCUUAACGAUCUCCACCAAGGAUCUGAUAAUGUCACUGCUGCUUCUUCUGCCGGAGAGAGACUUGGUGGUGGUUCUGGCGGCGGCGGUGGAGGGAUUGGUUUGGAAGAUUGGGACGCCCUCUUUCCAACUGGGGAUGGAGCUUUACUGCCUUGGAUCAUUGGAGACGCCGAAGACCCUAGUUUGGGUUUGAAGCAUCUUUUACAAUCUGGUACUAUUGUUGAUUAUGAGGGUAAUGCUGGUCUUGGUGAUGUUGAUCAAGGCCCUGGUUUUGACACCCACAGUAUGUCACCGCCGCGAAACCAGCCCCAACUGCUACCGCACCAUCCUCUUGCUGUUGUUGGUAAUGAAGGAAAUGGGGGUUCUGCUAAUUUUGUCAGCUUUAUUGGGUCUGAAUUCGGUAAUAAUGGAAAGAUUGGUUUAAUUUCACCCAAUUGUUCAUCUGGGGUUUCCAACAAUGGGGGGUUAAAUACUACAAACAGUUUGAUUUUAGGUUCAAUUCCUGCUAAUUUCCAGCAUCAGUUUGAGGUUGGUGAUGAAAAGCCACAGAUUUUCAACCCCCAAUUGGUGAUGAACCAACAGCAGGCUCAGAGUCCUGGAAACCCUAGCUUCUUCAUGCCCCCAUGGAGUUACUGUCAGCUGGACCAGCAUCUGCUUCAACCACCUACCAAGCGCCAUAAUCCUGGUGUUGUUUUAGACCCGAAUCUUGUCUCCAAGAACCCGUUUCAUGAUCAGGGUCAUGACUUGUUGAUGAGAAAACAGCAGGUGGGUUUCCAGCAGUUCCCCAUGGGCUUACCUCCGCAGUUGGUUCCUCCACAUCUCCAGCAGAAGCAAAUGAUGGUGCCUAAACUAAACCAUCAACAGCAACAUCAACAUCAACAUCAACAUCAACAACAUUUCCCAUUGCCCGGCCUUCAGCAUCAGCAUCAAUUGCAAGAGCAGGCUAUAAAAGACCAGCUCUUUAAGGCGGCAGACCUGAUUCUAACUGGGAAUUUCUCACUCGCGCAAGAGAUAUUGGCGCGGCUCAAUCACCAGCUCUCCCUCCCGGCUAAGCCCCUUAUCAGGGCUGCUUUGUAUGUGAAGGAAGCUCUACAAAUGCUCCUUCUGACGGGCAACCCAGUUGCAGCUCCUCCGUCAAAGACCCUAACCCCUUAUGAUGUCGUUCAUAAGAUGAAUGCCUAUAAGUUGUUUUCUGAGGUCUCACCUAUCACCCAGUUUACGAAUUUCACUUGCACACAAGCCAUUCUUGAGGCUCUUGAUGAUGCUGAUGCUAUUCAUAUCAUUGACUUCGAUGUUGGUUGUGGUGCUCAAUGGGCUUCCUUGAUUCAAGAACUUCCCUUGAGGAAACGAGGUGCCCCAUCCCUCAAAAUUACAGCUUUAGCUCCCUCCUCAAGUCACCCAUUUGAACUCGGUCUAAUUCGUGAAAACCUUAUGCAAUUUGCCAAUGAUAUCGGUAUUGCUUUUGACCUUCAAGUUGUCAAUUUGGAUUUGUUUGAUCCGUCUUCGUGCUCCCUGCCCAAUUUUAGAACCUCAGAGGAUGAGUCAAUUGCUGUUAGUAUCCCCAUUUGGUCUUCAUCGAAUCGCCCAUCCAUGCUUCCACCAAUCCUCGAGUUCAUUAAGCAGUGCUCCCCCAAAAUUGUGGUAUCUUUGGAUAGAGUGUUUGAUCGUUGUGAUGUUCCUUUUCCACAACAUCUUGUCCAUACACUUGACUGGUGUACGAAUUUCUUGGAGUCACUUGAUGGUCUCAACGUAGCCUCAGAUAUUGUAAACAAGGUUGAGAAGUUUUUUGUCCAGCCUAGGAUUGAAAACACUGUAUUGGGGAGAGUCCAUUUUCCUGAAAAGAUGUCACAUUGGAAGAACCUGUUUGCAUCAGCUGGCUUUUCACCAAUGCAGUUUAGCAAUUUCACAGAAACACAGGCUGACUAUGUGGUAAAGAGAACUCCAGGGAGGGGAUUUCACGUUGAGAAGCGGCAAGCAUCCCUUGUUCUAAGUUGGCAGAGGCGGGAACUUGUGGCAGCUUCGGCAUGGAGGUAUUGACAUGUUUUGAUUCCCAUCAAGCUAGGCGAGGAGGUUUGCUUUUGCAUUUCCGGAGGUUUUCAAAUGUUUUUAUGUGUUACAUGAUGAUAUUGUCAAUAAUUAGAAGCUAUGGUGAUGAAUGAUGAAUGAUGAUGACACCUCCCUCCCUUUGUGGCUGGCUUUAAACUCUCUUCUAUCUCCUUAGCCUUCAUGCCUUUCAAGCCGGCGUAUUAUUUUGCUAUGUACAACCAAACAAUUAACUUGAAAUUUUAGUAGCUUUAUGUCCUUGACAUUCUAAUUGUUAAGUACCUAAGUAUCAUAUUUUUCUGUCCAUGUUUAAUUCACUGCCAAAUUUGCUCUGA